UAGGGGAAUCAUGAUGGAGGUGGCCAGUGGAGCUGCCUUGCCUCAAUUUAUCUGCAGCAUUCCUCAUCAGAACUGUAACUGUGGGCUGGUCUGUGCAGGAUUGUUUCUCGAUGAGUCAUUCAGAGCUCUGUAGUGUCUUCUAGGCAGUGCUGUGCUAUGCACGAUUAGCGGGCCUCCACUGUGAAAUUGUUUCCUGAAUGAUGUAACUGAUAGUCCCCAACUGUUGUGCUGAUUCUUGAUCAGUUUUCUCUUUGUUCUUGAAGACAUUCCAGCUGCUGCAUCUCUUUUAUCCCUACGAAUCUCUGGGAAGACAAGUUAUGUCAACAGCUGCUUUAAUCCAUUUGGUAAGAAACGGAGGUUAUCAAGUACGAAGGAGAGCCCUGCUGACAUCCCGCCUCUUGCAAGACGAGAAGCGUUCGACAGCCGAGUGCUACAUUUCCACCUCCGAACGCCGGGCAUCCCGCUUCGAUCCGGACGGGAGCGGGCGGCCCGCCACGUGGGACACCUUUGGCAUCUGGGACAAUCGCAUUGAUGAACCUAUUCUCCUCCCACCUAGCAUAAAGUAUGGAAAGCCGAUUCCAAAAGUCAGCCUGAGCAAAGUGGGCUGUGCCAGUCAUAUUGGGAAGCGGAAGGAAAAUGAAGACCGCUUCGAUUAUGCUCAGCUGACUGAGGAUGUCCUGUACUUUGCUGUAUAUGAUGGACAUGGCGGAGCGGCAGCAGCAGACUUCUGCGCUAAGAACAUGGAAAGAUAUAUCAAGGAAUUUGCUGUUCAGGAAGAGAACUUAGAAAAAGUUUUGAACGAUGCUUUUCUAGAAAUAAACAAAGCAUACGAAAGGCAUGCUCAGCUGUCUGCUGAUGCUGAGGAGGAAUAUAAGCCAGAAGUAAUACAAACGGUACCACUUCCGCACAGAGAGAAUCUCCAGAGCAGCUGAGCACGAAAGGGGAAACAACAGUCAAGAGGAAAACAAGAUUCGCUGUGGUAAAGCUGGCAUCAGCCCCUUUAGAUUUCCUUAGUCCUGGCUGUUCACAAAUUCUUCUGUACAUAUAUAGAGAGACUAUGCACAUUUGAAAUUCCAGUCACAGCAGCUGGAGCUUAUAGGGUGUAAUUUGGGAAGGAGAUAGAGGAGUUAGUUCACCUAGUGUUUAAAUAAAUAAAAAGAAAACCAAACCCAAACAACCUGUCCCAGUGCUGCUGCAGAUGCUGGCAAUGCAACAGGACCUUUAGGGAAUGAAGUUAUACUGCGUCCUUGGGGCUACUUCCACUUCCUUUAAACAAUCAGCGAAAACAGUCUAGUAAUGGAGUGGUUUCCUGCUCUUAAAGUGCUAACCAAACCUACCUAGAUUCAAGUAUUUCCUACCUGGACAAGUUGCCUGACUGUUGCAGCACUGUGAGGGAUGUACAGCUUUCCUCUUACCUGGUAAGAGCUAACGUAUCAGAAAAGACAAUGACUCAAGUUCUGAAACACAGCCCUUAAAAAGGAGGAAUUUAAUCUGUAAAGCUCAUUUUUCCAUUAUAACCUAUUUUAUUUCUAGGUAUUGAAAACCAGUCCUGUUGUUUAAAAAGAAUAAUAAUGGGGUAAAAAAUCCAAAGUCAUUUUUGACCUGUGAAGUCAGUUUUAACUGAGCUAAUGAUAAGGAUAUCAGUAGAGCAGAUGAGCUUUGGAUCCAAGAGUCUCCUUGUAAGCUCAGAUUUAAAAAAAAACAAACAACAAACACCUACAGGCUUAUGUGCUUCCCUAGAUCACGACCUCUUAUUUUCUGUGAUUUGUUUUAUUUGCACCUUGCCCAGGCCAUUUGUUAUUAAGACAACUCUUUAUUUUGCUCAUGUUCAAGUUUCAGAGCAUUUCCUUGAGAAGGAUGUUUGAGAACCAUACUGGAUAUAUACUGUUCUGUUACUCUGAAAGCGGUUUCUGAUUAUAGCAUUCUGUACUUGAGACAUAAUGAACUGAACAAGAAAAAUAUUUAACAAACAAGCUGUACAGCAAGCUGGGCAUUUUGGAAUUCCUUGUGGGAUUUUAUCAUACCAUUUAAGUGACUAAUCGGGGCUGCUCACUGAAACAUAAUGCAAAUGCCAGCAAAUUUGUGUAACAGUCAAGACACUGAACAAGCCUUCUGCAUUAAGAAAGCUUGAGGACAAACAAAAUAGAAGCAAUCAUUGAACAUCUACAGGGGCCACGUCCUACAAAGUACUCAGUGUUUCUUAGGGAGGCUGAAUACCUGCAUACUCUUCCCACUGGAGCCAGUGGGAUCUAAAAGUGCCCAGUGCUCUUGUCUGGUUGCUCAGCUGAAAAUAAAGCUAAAAGGCAAAGAGUGGAGUAACAGGGUGCACAGACAAGUGCAGUUUUCUGAACAAAUCAAGUUUUUUGCAUAUCUGUUGAUUAAAAAAAAAAGUUAAAUGUUUGAUUGACUGUUUGGUGUGGAUAUUUUUGUAAUUGCUGCUCUUUUGAAAGUUAUGUAAAAUUCAAUGUUUUGCAUGUAUCCUUGUUAGAAGACUAAUUCCGAAUUGAUUCAGUUUGCCAGCAAAAAAAUUCUGAAUAAUUGUGGCUGUUCCAGAUGCGAUGGUCAAAGUUGCUCGGAGAUGGUGGUCAGUAGUGUAACACAGGUUAUCUGUCAUACACUGGAUGCUCAAGGCCAACCUCCUUCUGAAUCCCUGCCGCAGCUGAUGAAGUGCAGACAAAUAACUUACUUAGUCUUGUUCCCACAGACAGCCCUGCCAGGGCUCCUUUCACUGUAUUCUGUAAAAGACAGGGUGGACGGUCAGGGUGUCCAGAUCUUUACUAACACACAACCAGCUUUGAAAAUGAAUGCCUGGGUGUUUGAAGAAACAUAACUGCCAGGACAUAACUACAGGAAAUCCCCGUAACAAAAAUCCAUGAAAUUUUGGCUAACACAAUGCUUAUGAUGAUAUUUAGAGGGAAAAAAAACCCAACAUAUUAUGGCAAAAAUUUAACAGGACUAGAACAUGAAUUGUUGGAGAACGUAGCUUUGUCUUCCAAGACACUGUCCUUUCUAGGAUAGUUUACAAUUGAAAAACAUUUGAAAUUAGAUUUGACAAACAAGUAGAAUAAUUCCUCAUUUGAGUUCUCAAUAAAAAUAAAGUUUAUGCAUGUGUUCCAAUACUGCUAACCUGCUUGGUGUGUGCAUUCAUCAGUGCUGUUGGACUGCUGUAUUGACCUACAGGCUGUUCCUAUAUCCCCUCUGACAGUUUCACACAAAGGCAUAAGAAACUUUCUUUCAGAAGCCAUCUGCCACAUAAAUAAUUUCUGAUCAUUAAGAGGUCAGAGAUAUGCCUGAGUCUUGAAGCACGGUGUUCGAUCUCUCUUCAGAAACUCAUUUUCAUUCACUUCCGCACAUUCAGAUGUACCCAGUCACUGUUGAAUCACUGCUAAAUUAACAUACAGGACACAGUAAAGGAAGUUCUCAAUCAACAAAUACAUUAUUAUCCAGGGAACAAACACUAACAGAGAUGGACAGUUUUCUGCUACAUUGGACCAGCAGUAAAAAUCUAAAUGUAAAAGCUGAAUAGCUUUCUUGAGUAAGGAUGGAUAUAAACAACUGAUCGUGCUCGAGGAAAACAGGACAUUGCUCUGGAGAAAUGGAAAACAAACCCUGCCCUGGCCUAGUGUGAUCUUGUAGCGUAAAUGCUGCUGCUUCUGUUCACUGCAGGCACCAUCCACCACUCAGGGAAAAUAACAGGCAGGCAACGUUUCCAUCAACCUCCAUGUUCAGUGCUCUAGCUCUAAUCAUGUUGACCACUCACUUCUGGAAUAGCCAUCUUGUUGAAACAUAGCCAGGUGUUACCUGAUGUGUCUAUGAUUGAAGGGACCUCCUGGAAAUUUAAUGUGCUGAGCAAACGGCAAAAGUAUUUUUAAAAUAAUUGUAUUUACAAAGUAGUAUUCAGAUUUUUUUAAGUUAUUGUUUGAACAUGUGAUUAUUUUUUCUUUGAAUAUGUUAACCUGCAACACUGAGGAAAAGGGAGAAGGAAAAGGGAGAGCUGCAGAAAUGCUUACUUACAUAUUUCACAAUGCCAUCAACGUCACAAAGACCACUUUUUUAUCCAGAGGUCUCAAUUAUUACCAAAUCAAGUUAGACGAUACUAAUUACAGUAUGAUGGGGGUGUUAUUGCAAUGUUUGCCCACGGAUCAAAAGAAGUCAUUCAGUGUCUUCAUUAAAAUGGCCUCAUUUUAGUUAGCAUAGGUUUGAACUCUCAAUUUUUAUUUUAUAUGUAUAUAUUUACAUAUAUAAACUACCUUGGGAAAAUGGGCCAUAUUAUGUUUUGAAAAUUUUCUGUAAGGUGGCCACUCUCAUAUGAGACAGUCAUAUCUGGCAUCAGUACAUUUGUUUGGUUGACUUUUUAAUUGGACACUUGCCAUCAGCCUCACAAAACAAAUCUGUCUGUGGCCAAAGAUGCAGUCUCUAUUAUGGCCAAAUAGAACAUUACACAGCUCAUCCACUGUGGGCAAACCCAAAUGACUACGUGCCCUGUUUUGCAGCCCUUGUCCUUUCAUCUCCAGUGUUGCAGGUUUAUUUUGUUUGAACUAAGUCCCUGGGUCAAUUUCCUAUUUGCCUCUGUGUACGUGUUAUUUGUGGCAGACACUGUACCUGGUCAGCAGCUCUAGAACUGGAGGCCCUGGACACUAUAUGCUGGGCUUCAGUGGAAAGAGAGAUCUGCUUAAUUUUGUCCCAGGUGAAGGAGUCCAGCGGUUCCUAGCCUGGACUACUGGAAGGUUCCCACAUCCUCUUUGUCACAUUAGUUGAGAUGACUUGCAGUAAAAAGUGUCCAGUGAGUGUUAAGAACCUAUUGAAAGAUCUUAGUUUUAUAGUGAUAUUGUUAGGUAAACAAGAUAAACUCUUUUAAUUUUAAAAAUGAGUACACGUGCUGAUGCAGUGUAUUUUUGUGUUAUUAAAUAUCCUAGCAGUGGUCAUAGUAAAGCAUUAGAAAUGUUAUCUCAUCGUCACUGCUGUGUUUUGGAACUGUGAGAAAAGUUGCAUAAUCCCUUCAGUCUGACCAGAUCCAUGUUCUUUCACCCCUACCUGAUGGCGAUUCAGUUUCAGAGCAUUGGCAUUUGUUUUUUUCAGAGUGCAAUUCAAGAAGCAAACAUUUAUAAGACACAAGUUGGUACAGCCAUUAUCACAUCUCUGUGUUGUAUCUUUGAUGGGUCUUCAGUACCAUCCUCUGCUUCCUGAUAGCAGGCCUGUUGGCCUUAAGAGUUGGCACUGUAAAGAUGUACGCUUGCCUGAAUGACCAAAUAUUUGCACUCAAUCAUGAAUUACAGACCUCAGAUCAACCUAUUCUGAAAUUGUAUGUGUUUGUCAGCAUAGUUCCAAAACAAGUGAUGAGAUGGGAAACUAGUGGCAUUAAUUUUAAUGUCUAAGUAAAAUAUAUUUUCUGCAAAGUAAGAAAGGCAGUUUUAAGUAGGUUCUUCAUUUUAUUUCUUUUAGCUGUUGGCUAAAACAGGUAUUUUACUGAAUUCACUAAAAUUUCUAAUCACACCACUACUUGUUAUUAUCUUAUUUUAUAAAAUACCUCAAAAUGAGCAUAGUUCUUGCUUUAAAGUAAAAACAAGAUGUCAGUGCUUACCUGAAUGCUCAAGAGGGUACUGGCAUCUACGUAGUUUUGAAUCUUGUAGUCUGUAUCACAGCUGUAACAUAGACCAAGAUGCAUCCUGUGUCACCAUGUUGAACAUUCACUGUGGACUUGUUGGUUAAGUCAGUUAACCAAGUCACCGCAGCAGUAAUAAUACCUGUUUUAAUUAAUAACACAAGCUUAGUUUA